GGCCCACGCUGCCUGCCUCCCCUGCAUGGGGCCCUGCAGCCACCCACGCCUGGGGCUCCCUGGGUCGGAGUCGUCCUCCCAGCCCCCCAAGAGGAGGAAGAAAAGAUACCUGCGGCAUGACAAGCCCCCCUACACCUACUUGGCCAUGAUUGCCUUGGUGAUCCAGGCCGCGCCCUCCCGCAGGCUGAAGCUGGCCCAGAUCAUCCGUCAGGUCCAGGCCGCGUUCCCCUUCUUCAAGGACGACUACGAGGGCUGGAAGGACUCCAUCCGCCACAACCUCUCCUCCAACCGCUGCUUCCGCAAGGUGCCUAAGGAUCCGGCGAAGCCCCAGGCCAAGGGCAACUUCUGGGCCGUCGACGUGAGCCUGAUCCCCGCCGAGGCGCUGCGGCUGCAGAACACCGCCCUGUGCCGGCGCUGGCAGAGCAGGGGCGCGCGGGGCGCCUUCGCCAAGGACCUGGGCCCCUACGUGCUGCACGGCUGGCCUUACCGGCCGCCCAGCCCCCAGCCGCUGCCCAGCCCCCAGCCGCCACCCAGCGAGGGCUUCAGCAUAAAGUCUUUGCUGGGGGACUCCCGGGAAGGGGCAGCCCCGGGCAGCCCCAGGGAGGAGGGGGUGCGCACUCCCCCCCUGCCCUGCGAGCAGCCUCCGUGGCCGCCCUGCCCGCUCCCUGGGCCCAGGAGAGCAGAGGGAGCAGACGGGGAGGCUUCCCGGGGGGGGACCAGCAGGCCCCUGCCCCUUUCCCCUGAGCACAGAGCCUGGCCUCUCCACUUACUGCAAGCUUCCCCAGACCCCGGAGGGCUGCCCGGUGGGAGUCACAGGCCCUCACUCUGGGGGCAGCUGCCCACCUCGUACUUGCCCAUCUACACUCCCAAUGUGGUAAUGCCCCUGGCUCCACUACCACCCGCAUCCUGUCCCCAGUGCCCACCUUCAACCAGCUCAGCCUACUGGGGGGUGGCCUCUGAAACUCACGGCCCCCCAGGGCUACUCUGGGAUCUCGAUGCCCUCUUCCAGGGGGUACCACCCAACAAGAGCAUCUAUGAUGUGUGGGUGAGCCACUCCCGGGAUCCAGCUGCCUCCACCCCUGGCUGGCUACUCUCCUGGUACAGCCUGUGAGGCUCCUGGGGCAGGGGCGGCUUUCUUCUACCCCUUCCUGCCACCACUGACUUGCUGGGGAACCACGGCCAAGAGGUCCAGGAGGUGUCUGUGGCCGCAUCAGCCCUGAAACACCAGGCACCGGCGGUGCUGAGA